AUGGCCCGUACGACGGAUGAGUCCGCGGAGGAGCUCUUUGUCGACAAAGAGGGCAUCCCGCAUUGGGACGGCGAGAACAUAGCUCUCUUGCGCGAGUAUCGGAUGAGAGCGAUGGUGGAGUACAGCACGCAGUCGAGCACGACGGAGGCCGGGAAGGAGAAGCGGGCGAAUCUGGGCUUGCGCCUGACGCGAGGCCUGACAGGCCGCUCGUGGAAGGCAGCGGAGCCGCUCCUGGACGACAUGGAGUCUCUCACCCAGGACGGCUCCCACCAGAGGAUCAUCGAAGCUCUCGAUGGCCUGGACAAAGUGGCAGUGGUGCGCAAGCAGCAGAAGUUCGACGACUUCUUCAAGAGGUCUCGCCGCAAGCGCGGCCAGGAGAUCGUGGAGCACUUGAGGACCUUGCACAACAAGUACAAGCAGCGGACUGAGCUCGACACUGGGACGAAGCUCAGCGACGACCUCUACGCGCACUUCCUCCUCGAGGGGGCGAUGCUGACGGACGAUCAGAAGAGACUGGUCACUAUGGUAGCAGACAACAAGCACGAGACGAAAGCCUUCGAGAACACGCUGAAGACAAACUACCACGACCUCCAUCUGCAGGAGAAGAACCCCCGGCCGCCGCCGCCUCACCCCGCGGGGCGCCCGAAGGGCGGAGGCAAGGGCGGCAAGGACAAGUCCAAGAGGCAGCCGAGGGCGCACUACACCGCGGCGGACGACGUCGGCGACGAGGAGGAGGAGCAGCACGAGGACUACGACGACGAGGCCUACGAGGCCUACGAGGACGGCGACGCCGAGGAGGACUUCGCCAGCGACGCUGGCGCGAGUCGGGACGAGGCGAUCAACAACGCGCACGCCGCCUACGACACCGCCCGGGCUAAGGAGCGCAAGGCGGAGAUCGCCAAGGACAAGCAGCGCACGUACUGCGGGGCGCGCGGCAAGCUCGGACACUGGGCGGGGGACCCGGAGGGCCCCCUGGGUCCGAAGAAGCCAACAGCGAAGUCGAAGAGCCGACCAGACCCUCGCGGGCGAGCAGCGGCGCUCUCGCGCCUGGCCUGGAGCAGCUCAUCGGCUCCAGGCAGUGGCUCGCACGCGCCGAGCAGCAGCAGUGCCAAGAAGCGGACGGACGCGACUCUCUUCGUGCUGGACGACGUUGAGUACGACUCUGCCUUCUUUGCCAACUCGGACCGCGGCUCCGACCUCGGCUCCUUCAAGCUCGUGGGCAGCGACGCCGGCGACAGCACGAGCGGGGUCAGCGGCAGCGCCAGCACGAUCCCCCCGACGGUGAAGAGCGACGACGAGGUGCUGCCGUGUCCGAAGUGCUCUAAGGCCCUGGUGGCUCGCCAGAACCAUCGGAGUGGCGGCUGGUUCUUUGGAUGCAGCCAGUUCCCGGACUGCAAGGGCACGCUGGACUACAACGAGGGCGAGCAGCGGCUGCGCGAGGCGCGGUGCCUGCACCCCCGCGGCCUGAAGAUCAAGAUGACAGACCGCUGGAGAAGCUUCUCAUCGGCCUUCGGUAGGAGGCAGGAGGGGCGCGUGGUCGAGAUUCCAGUCGCCCUCGGCGGCCGCCACGGUGUGAUCUUCAGCACGGAGAUGGAGGAUUGCGACACCCCGCUCCCUGUCAGCCUGGCGUCGCAGGAGGCGUUGGGCGCCGUGCUCCACCUGAAGGAGAUGCGGAUGGAGCUACAGACGCUCGCAGUGGACGUGCAGCUGCUCAAGGCGCUGAAGGAGACGGCCUUCGAGGAGUCCGACGGCGAGGAGGUCCAGAUCGAGGAGGUUGGCCACGCCUUCCUGUCGCAGGAGAGCAUCGACGCCUACGAGGGGAGCUGCUUCGACCGAGCGAGGUUCGAGGCGGAGCGCUUCGUGACGGCCGACUUCCAGACGACGGCGGCAUUCGAGCCGUUUGGCGGCGAGCACAUCCUGACGCGCUACGGCGCGAGGGAGCACGGCUGGAUGCAGUCCCAGCCGCUGGGCGCGGACACGGGUAAGCCGACUAAGAAGCCGACAGGGUGGCUCACGAACAGCGCGGCGGUGGCGAACCACCUGAGCAAGCGCUGCGCAUGCCCGCCCGGCGCUCACCAGCAGUUGCUCGGGAAGAACUCGGGCGGCUACCGGGCGCAGCAGGCAGCGACCUAUCCCUCGGGCCUCGCGAAGGCCUUCUGUCGCGGCGUGUUCCAGCAGAUGCAGAUCGACUACCGCAGCUCGCUGGUCAUGGAUGCGGCCUUCCCGGUGGAGGAUGCUUCCCCUCGCGAGCGCUCGCGGGCGCGGAGCCCGCCGCGAGGAGAGCCAGAGCCAGAGGAGGAUCACCAGGAGGGCCCGCCUCUCGGAGAGGACGCGCCGCCUGCCGAGGCGGCUGCGGAGGCCCCGGAGGCACCGGCCGAGGUGCCCGCUGGGCCCAGGCGCGGCCGAGCGCCUGCUCGCCGCGAGCGCGGCGCGCGCCCUGGCGAGCGCCCGCUGGGCUUCCGUCGGGGGCGGCGCACGCAGCAGGGCGAGUUCGAGCUGCUGACGGCGGAGCUGCGUGCUGAGCUGGACACGUUCCGGAGCUGGCACAGGAGGCUGCUGGAGAAGAUGGGCGAUGAUGUCGAGAUGAUCAUCUGGGGCUCGGACCUCUUCCUGGGGGAGUUGGGAGGGGUCGUCAGCGAGCCGCUGAAGAUGGUGAAGGCCAGACGCGGAGGCCAGCGGCUUCAGACGGUGCAGCCGCAGCUUCACGCCGCGGACGCCCCGCUCAGGAUGGUCACCGUGCUCAAUGGCGACCAGCUCUACAGGCAGGGCUUCGAGGAUUGGUCGCAGCAGCCCCUGCAGGCACGACGUCGCUGGCUGCCGAGGCACCUGCUCGAGAACGACGUCGUGGUCUUCUACUUCGCGGGCCACGAGCGCGACGACCUGCCCGAGGGGCCAGCUGCCGCGCAGCAGCGGGACGCCUCGCGGGAGAGGGCACUGCGUCUGGGCAAGGCGACGGCGUUGGCGCUGAAGGCGGCGAGGCUCUUCGUCUGCGAGAGCUGCCGGCGAGUGCAGCGGCCCAGCAUCCCGCGCCCGAGCCAGCUCCCGAGGGUCGACGAGUUCAACGUGCUGCUCGCGAUGGCCUGCUUUGAGAGCGUCGACAGCGCCGGCAACAACAGGGACACUCACAAGAAUCCGAAGGCCUCGGAGGUCAGGAAGUUCUACGAGCUCUGCUGGGUCUCCUGGGCUGGCCAGCUGGAGGAGGCGACCAUGGUGGAUCGCGCGCGGUCCUUCCUAGGCGAGUUCGCGGACUACCUGGAGCAGGAGGGCGUGCGCCUGGACUCGGCCGCUCUGGCUUCGCCGUGGCACAUCGGCAAGAUGGAGCGUCACGACGGCAUCUGGAACUCGAUGCUCACGAGGGUGGUGCACGACGAGCAGGUGGCGGGCCUUGAGGAGAUGAGGACGGCUGUGACGGAGCGCAACAGGGCCAAGAACACGCUGGCCCGGCGGGCUGGCUUCAGCCCCUACCUCUGGGUCCUCGGCCGGGACAUCCGUCUCCCGGCGAGCCUCGCGGAUGACGCCGAGGUCGAGCGCGUUGGCGAGCAGGUGGCAGCGGCUACUCCAGGCUCGCGCUUCGCCCGCAAGGUCGAGAUCAGGACCCAGUGCAGGAUGGCCUUCAUCCAGACGGACACGGGGGAUCGACUUCGACGAGCAGAGCUUCGACAGAUACGGCCGACGAGGGGGCCGUUUGUUGUGGGCCAGUGGGUGCUCUUCUAUGACCAGGCGCAGCCGGUCAAGCAUCGGCCUGAACAUCCAGACAACUGGCGAGGGCUGGCGCGCGUGAUCGGCCAUGAGGGCCGGCACGGAGCGUGGCUCGCCUUCUGGGGCCUCACCGCGCUCGCGAGCCCAGAGCACCUGGCAGCCGCCACGGGCCACGAGAUCCACGCCUGGAGGUCGAUUGCGCAGGAGCAGGAGCUGGUGCACGACGCGCCCGUCGGCGGCGGCAGCGGCGUCGUGGACCUGCGAGGCCGGCCCAAGCCCCCAGCGACGGCGGAGCAGGAGCCCGCCGAGCAGGGCGACGAGAGCGGCAUGGACGUCGGGCCGCAGGCGGAGGCGCCGGAGGAGCAGCAGCCCGCCCCCGCUCCGCCUGAGCCGGAGGCCCCCCCGGCUCCGCCUGAGCCGGAGGCCCCCCGCGCGGCGCCGGCCGCGCCUGAGCCGCCUGCGGCGCCAGCCCCAGCAGUGGGGGCUGAGGACGUGCCAGUGCCGCCCGACCUGGAUUUCGAUGCGGCGGAGUUCGAUGCAGCGAUUCACGAGAUCAUGAGGGACGACGGGGUGCACUCGGAGCCUGAGCCGGGGGCACCCAUGGACUCGGCGGCGUUCGUGCUGGACAACGACCUGGAUGAGUUCUCGGAGGCAGGCCUGGAGACAUAUCAGCAGAACGAAGCCUUCUUCACUCAGGAGGGCAUCGGCAGGGAGGAGUUCCCCUUCGGGCUGAAGGAGAUCAAGCUCGGCAGCCUGCCGGAGGAGCAGCGCAGGAAGUUCCUGGACCGGGGUGGCAGCCGCGAUGAGGAGUGGCGCUCCUGGCAGGACUUUGAUGCGGCCGAGCCGGCCCCGCCAGAUGAGAGCGAGAAGCUUCGCUCGAACAAGGCCAACAUCAUCAUCCCGAUGCGCUGGGUGGACACGGACAAGAAUGACAGGAAGUACGAUGAGGCCGGAGCCCCUCUGCCGUUGCUCGCGAAGAGUCGCCUGGUCGUGGUGGGCUUUCGCGACCGCUUGCUGGGCAUGUUCAGGCGGGACGCUCCCGCGGCCUCGCGGCUGGCAGAGGCGCUGUUCCUGACGCUGGCGGCGGCCAUGGGCAUGAUCCUCUCCCUGGGCGACUCACGCCUGGAGCCGGCUCUCUUCUACAGGCGCGUGGACGGGCAGCUGAAGGGCAUCGCGGUCUCGCACGUCGACGACGCGCUGGUGGCGAGGAUGAAGGACAUGCAGCUGACGGACCUCCUGCCGAAGGUCCUGGGCACGUUCCAGUGGAUGUGGAGCGAGCUGCCUUUUACCUUCCAUGGCCGGGAGCUCUCGAGUGAUCCGAGAGGGAUUGUGGUCAAGAUGGUGAACUACGCGACUUCCCUCAAGCCGAUCAAGAUCCCAGCGGCACGGAGGAAGCAGUUGCAAGAUGACUUGAACGAGGAGGAGGCAAAGCAGUUGCUGCGGGUCUCUGGCGAGAUCGGCUGGCUGGGUCGACAGUGCCGUCUCGACCUGGCCCUCCUCUCGGGCGAGCUGCAGAGGGCCCGGGCGGCCCCGUGCGUGGCGGACUUGGUGAAGGCGAACCUGGCGGUGUCCGAGGCCAAGAAGGGCGCCGAGGUCGCGUUGGUCUAUCCAGCCAACUUGCGGCUGGCCACUGCGGUGGUCGGCGCGGCGGUGGACGCGGGCCACGCGAAUGGCCCGGAGCACGACGACAUCGAGCGCUACAGGAGCUGUGGCGGCCACGUGGUGCUCCUCACGACCGGCAGUACCUUGGCCGGGCAUCCAGCACCAGUGGCGGUGCUGGACUGGAAGAGCGGCAUGACGCAGAGGGUGCGCCGUUCGACCGUGGCCGCAGAGGCCAGCCACUUGGCGGACGCAGCGGAGGCAAUCGACUGGGCGGCAGUGCUGUUCAGAGAGGCGACGAACGUUUCAGUGGACCUGAUCAACUGGCAGGGGGAGGUGCAGCGGCUUCCCCGCUUCUGGGCCACUGGCGCGAAGUCCAGCAAGGACAAAAGGAUGGCGAUCGAGGGAGCCUUGCUCAGAGAGGUGUUGCGCUGCGAGGGCACCCAUCUUCGAUGGAUCGACGGUUCGCAGAAUAUCGCAGACGUGCUGACCAAGCUCGGGGUGGACAAGGUCUACCUGUACAAGGUACUGCGCGAGGCAAGGUGGAGCCUGGUGCAGGACCCAGCGGCGGCGGCGCCGAAGAUGAAGAAGAGUACGCAGAGGGCUAGCCGCAAGACAGCCAUCGACUCGAGGAAGACGGAGAAGCGGCAGUUGGACAAACUCGUGAGAGCUGGUGAGAUGCGGGACAUCGCAGAUUGA